UUCAAAAAAAAAAAAAGGAGAAAAAAACUCAUCUUGUCGAAUUUCGUGAAUCGGCUGUAGUGUAUUGCCGUGGUAGCAAUUUCUUCAGACCCGAUCAGUGGCGUUAGGAUUUGCAUAGUUGCAAUUUCCUCAAACUCCAAGUUUUGCAACUUUCAAUCCCAAUCUCACCAUUUCCAAUCCAUACAUCAAAACCUUCCACCAAAAUGAUUAACAUUUCCAACCAUAGAAAUUUUUCACUCCUCAAACGCGUUUCAUUCGCCAAAUUGUUAACCACAAACGAACCAAUUCAAGACAUUGAAGAAUUAACCGAAACAGUAUCCAAGGUUAUGAUGUCUUCUCCUGCAAUCACACUCGACACUGCUCUUAAUCAAUCGGGCGUUAGGGUUUCUCCUGAAUUAGUCGAAACCGUUCUCAAACGGUUCGAAAAUGCCGGUAUGUCCGCGUUUCGGUUCUUCGAAUGGGCUGAAAAGCAGAGAAAUUACUCACAUUCCAUCAGAGCUUAUCACUUGAUGAUUGAGUCUUUGGCAAAGAUUAGACAGUAUCAGAUUAUGUGGGAGCUUGUUAAUUCAAUGAGGAAAAAGGGUAUGGUAAAUGUUGAAACUUUUUGUAUUAUUAUGAGAAAAUAUGCUAGGGCUCAUAAAGUUGAUGAAGCUGUUUAUACUUUUAAUGUUAUGGAUAAAUAUGAUACGCCGCAGAAUCUUGCUGCUUUCAAUGGUUUGUUGAGUGCUUUGUGUAAGUCUAGGAAUGUUAGGAAGGCUCAAGAGAUUUUUGAUAGUAUGAAGGGUCGGUUUGAGCCGGAUUCGAAGACUUAUAGUAUAUUGCUUGAAGGGUGGGGGAAGGAACCGAAUCUUCCUAAAGCGAGAGAGGUUUUCGGUGAGAUGGUUUCUGCGGGGUGUAAUCCUGAUAUUGUUACUUACGGUAUAAUGGUUGAUAUUCUUUGUAAGGCUGGUAGGGUUGAUGAAGCUGUUGAGGUUGUUAAGGAGAUGGAUGAUAAUGAUUGCAGGCCGACGUCUUUUAUUUACAGUGUUCUUGUUCAUACUUAUGGAGUGGAGAGUCGGAUUGAGGAUGCUAUUGAUAUGUUCAUGGAGAUGGAAAAGAAUGGAAUUGCGGCAGAUGUUGUGGUGUAUAAUGCCUUGAUUGGUGCUUUUUGUAAGGCAAACAAAUUGAAAAAUGUGCAUCGGGUGUUAAAAGAGAUGGAAAGCAAUGGGAUUGCUCCGAAUUCAAGGACAUGUAACGUUAUCAUGAGUAGUUUGAUUAGCCAGGGAGAGACUGAUAAAGCUUUUAGUGUCUUUCGUCGGAUGAUCAAGCUGUGUGAACCUGAUGCUGACACCUAUACAAUGCUGAUAAAGAUGUUUUGCGAGAGAAAUGAAGUGGAUAUGGCUCUGAAAAUAUGGAAGUAUAUGAAGUCAAAACAGUUUGUCCCAAGCUUGCACACCUUUUCGGUCCUUAUCAAUGGGCUGUGUGCAAAGGGCAAUGCUAUGAAAGCUUGUAUUUUACUGGAAGAGAUGAUAGAGAAGGGAAUUCGACCAUCACGUAUUACUUUUGGGAAGUUAAGACAGUUACUUAUAAAGGAAGGGAGAGAUGAUGUACUCAAAUUUCUGCAUGAGAAAAUAAAUAUGCUUGUUAAGGAACCUUUGUAUGAUUAAAAGCAUGGAAGGAAACUAGCAAUUAGAAACAUCUAAAGAAUGAUACAAUGUAGCUUAGACUACUGAUUUUUGCAGUCAAUACAGUUGCAGUUUCAACCGUUUUAUCGGAAUCCUCUGGUGUGCCAUAUGCUGCUACUCACACAUCACUGGUACCUGCAUUGAUAAUCAACAUAUCAUAUUUCACAUUACUGCUGAUUCCAAAUGAGAUCACGAACCCAUACACAUUUAGAUUUUACAAUAUGCUACGUUGGUGUUUAGAAUGUAAAGCUUCGAUGAGUAUUCUAAAAGCUCAUAGUGGUUUAAUAGUAAUACUACGUGCUAUAUACUAACGGAAAAGCAAUAAAUUGGCAACCACUAGUGUAAGUAACCUUGCUCUGUUUCCCAUGCCCUUGAUCUUUUGAAUGAUUUAUUUCCCAUGACUUGGUGUAUUUUCUAUAUUUACAUCAUGAGUAAUUAAGUUAUUUUGGAAGUGAGUGGGUUAGAAAAAUUUCUCAUCUUUGGUGCAGUUGGAAAGGAAAAGCCUGAUUUAUCUUGGAGUGUAGAAAAAUCUACAAGCAUUAGCUGUGUCUCUCAACCAAGAACUGCAUCUUUGGAAGGAUAUUGGAUUUUUACAGCGGACGCUGUCAAAGACAUACAGAGGCUAUGCACACAGAGGGCUGGUGCAAAUUUAUGGGAGCUGGUCAGUUUUAUUGCACACCCCUAGGUGCAAUAGAGGCUGUCGGAGUUGCAGCAAGAUGUGUGUGUAACUUUUUCCAGGCAACAAAAGAAAAAAAGCCUCGUUGCAUAAUAAGAGGAUCAUGUUCCUGAUUUUCGGUCAAUUUUUUGUGAUGCACAGCCACAAGGAAGCCAGGAUAGCACUCCAUAAUAUGCAUGCUCAGAUUCCUUUGUUAUUUAUCAACUAGCAUCUGUUUGUUUUCCUAUGGGGCGGAUUUAGUGAGUUGUAACCAGAUAGAAGGCAAUUGUGCACUUGUAGAGGGUAACAUGGCCAUUGAUAGGUCUAUGGGCAUAAGAGAACAAGGGAAUAAGGAAGGAAACUAUUGUGCUUGAGGCUCGCAUACGUAAGCCGACAGUAGAGGAAGAAGAGGGACAAGUGGCCCCCGAAUCAUAGAAAAGAAAGAAGAGCACACACACCAGAUUGGACACAUGGUCCAAAGGGAUUAGAUGAGGAGAUUCAAGAAACAAGUAGGAAGGAAGGGAUGAUGAUUAAUUAGGGGAGAAGCAAUUACCAGGGUGUGGAGAAUUUCCAUGUGGUUGAAGGUUAAGGGCUGAAUCGGGAUGCUGUUCUCUAUCAGUUUGUAGUCAAUUUUCAUCUUUUCACGGUUCUUGCAAGUAGCCAAGCUCCAUCCAUAACAUUGUCAUAUUUUUCCUUCUUCUUUUACUUUUAUACUUUACAUAUUGUAAGAAGGAGAAGCAUACAUUAUAUAUGGUAAGAAAGGGAAUCAUCCUGUUUUAAUAAAUUCAAUUCAAUAAAAAUAAUGCUUCUUUCUCUUUUUA